AUGGCUGAAAGCAUGGCAGCAUCCAAUCAAGAACAAGACAUCAAUCCUUGGUCCGUCGAAGGCGCCCGGGAUGAGAACGGGGAUGUCGCCUCGAUUGACUAUGAAGCGAUUUCCCGAAAAUGGAACACGUCCAUUAUAGACCGCAAACUCCUCGAGCGCUUCGAACAGGUCACUGGGCGCAAGCCGCACCAUUGGCUCCGACGCGGCCUAUUCUUCAGCCACCGUGACUUCGACCGGAUCCUGAACCUAUACGAACGCGGCGAGCCCUUCUUCCUCUACACUGGUCGUGGUCCAAGCACCGGCAGUCUACACUUGGGACACACAAUUCCUCUGCAAUUCACAAAGUGGCUUCAAGACGUCUUCGGCGUCCCCCUAGUAUUCAUGCUCACGGACGACGAAAAAGCCCUAUUCAAAGACAAUCUCACUUUCGAAGAAACAAUGGAAUACGCCAAAGAGAAUGCCCGAGAUAUCAUUGCCAUUGGGUUCGACAAGAAGAAGACCUUUAUCUAUAGCGAUCUCAAGUACCUCAGCAACCACUUUCUAAUGAACGCGUGGGAGUUCUCGAAGCUCGUGACUUUCAACCAAGUCCGGGGCGCAUUCGGUUUCAAUGAAAGCACCAACAUCGGCCGAAUCUUCUUCCCCUCGGUUCAAUGCUUCCGCUUACUACGGGAUAACGCGCAUAAGAUGCGUUUCCCGUCGCCUAAACCGGCGCUCAUCCAUUCCAAAUUCCUCACAGCGCUGCAGGGUCCCGGGGGGAAGAUGUCUUCGUCGAACCCUAACUCUGCUAUCUUCAUGUCGGAUACUCCGGAGCAGAUCAAGGCGAAUAUUAACAAGUACGCGUUCAGUGGCGGGCAGGUGAGCGUCGAGGAUCAUCGUCGGCUUGGGGGAAAUCCGGAUGUGGAUGUUUCGUAUAUCUAUCUGACGUAUUUUGAGGAGGAUGAUGCGAAGCUCGACGAGGUUUAUAAGUGCUAUAAAAAUGGUGAUAUGUUGGCUGGUGAGUUGAAGAAGAUGGCCAUUGAGGCUUUGCAGGAGUAUGUGCGUCUGUUUCAGGAGAGGAGGGGGCUGGUUAGUGAUGAGGUUCUGGAGGAGUAUAUGCAGCCAAGGAAGUUGGUUUGGGAGGGGAAUCAGAGUCCUGUUAAGAAUGAGGGCUUCUGACUGUAUGGUCAGCGAUUGAAUUCUUCCAGAGGGCUUGAAGGUCGACUACUUUCUAAAAUGUCAAUAGAGGCUGUCAAGCUGCAAUCCAGAAACACCAGCAGUUUUGGUAUACACAGACUGAGUUUAUCAAAUUUAU